AGUGAGGAAAGGGUUCUGAGAGCCUUGGAAGUGAUAUUCGUGAUCACCGCGAAAUUCUCUAUCGAAUGGUGUAUGAAGUGUCGAAAAAUAAAUUUCACUGCAAGGCUGCCCUGGGUGCAUCUUACUUUCAACCUUUUUAAAAAGAUUCAACUUUUUAGUGAUAUUUUGUAUUUCUCGCAUUCUCAAAAAACAUCCAGCCAAAUCUGUUCGUUCACGUAUUGCUUGAAAGAGGAGAACCAGCACAAUACAUCCAUGCUAAUAUGUUUAGUCAGUCUUCUUCUUCUCACAGAAAUGUGAUUUUCCAGUGAUACAAAACAAAAUUUGUCGUACAUAGAGCAACAAAGAAGUGAGUUUACAUCGCAGAAAUAGCGAACUUUUUCAUAAAAUAUGACACCGUUGAAUUCGUAGUAAUUGGGGUCGUCUCAUAUAUGUUGUUAAUGAUGGCAACGAUUGUAACAUUGAUUUAAAAUAUUUAUGUAUUAGAGUACGUGUGUCAAUCUUUAUCGCACUACUUUCAUCUUGUCUACGAUUAACAUUAUCUAUAUCUAAUAAAACUUUUGGUAUUAACUAAUCAUCGUCUUUGUCUGGACACAGACAUGACUUACUCAUCAUCAUCGUCAUCAUCGAUUAGACGCUAAUGGGGAGUAGGUUAGAAGCGUACGUUUGUUUGUUUCUUCUGCUUCCUUUUUCUUGUUUAUUUCUUUUGUACAUGUGUAAUUAAUCGAGCGAAGAAAAGUAGUAAUGUAAUAAGAAUAGUACAAAUUACACUAAGGGAAAACAUAUUAUAUUGAAAAAUACAAGAACAAAAAUGACUCAUUAUCUCAGCAGCAGCAUCCUUGUUCUUCUAUGUUUCAAUCUACUACUGCUAAUAUUAUCAACAAAUGGACAAUGUACUUUCGGUAUGAUUGUAUAUUUUAAAUACGAACAUUCCAGAACACGUUAAAAGAGAGGUUUCGCGGCAAAAUAUCGAGUAUAGUCAAAACAAACCUAAUUCCUUUUUAUUUAACUCAUCGGAAUCUGCGCAUCAAACUUAUUUUUCUACUUUAGAGUUUCUGUAUAUAAUGCAGAACAUUUAACUCAAAAAUAAAAAAAAUUUAUAAAAGAGUCUAAAAAAAGACGGGUUACCUUUAAUUUUCUCUCACGGUACGCAACAGAAUUUGAUAAUAUAUACACCACUAGAUAGCGGAAAUCUUCCUCUACAAACCCACAUAUAUCCCGUUUUGUGGUCAAAACAUCAUAGUCGCCUGUCAUGGACAGACUUAAGCAAUAGUGCAUCCCUUUUAAAAUCUGUUGCUGAUUCUAAUGCUGAUUCCAUUUCAAAGAAAAAAUCCUUGUAGAAAAAGAACAAAAAUCUGCGAAAUAUCUUCAUCCAUAAAAGCUAGUAGAAGGAAAUCUGCACGACUAAUGAAAGAAGAGACUUAGAUAUAGAUAGAUUCUGUAAGCGUAGAAUAGACUAGUAUAUGUGCGACUGCAACAGAACUUUUUUGAUGUUUUUUGAUCCCAGUACUUGCGUGAUGUCUGUCCUAAUAUGAAAAAUAACCUUUGAGAAGUGGUAUACAUCAAGAUAGUUCAGUAGUUCUACCGUUUUAAAAUGCAGUCGAUAGCACACACACUUUCUUUCGUUUUUAGGACUUACCUGUAAUUCAGAUAGCAUAGUGGGAACAUCAUGGUGCUGUCCUUGUAAGUGGAUUUUUACUUUUCUCUGCAUUUUUAUAUUACCGUUAUAUUUAUUACUUAUAGUCGACAAACCAUGUGGGUCAUCUUACUUAACAUGUUUAGAAGCUCUGCGGCCACUAGUACCGCUACUACCAAGAUUUACAACCGGAAAUAAUAUAUAUCAAAUUGUUUCACCUAUUUUUGGUAUACUAGUUGUCUUAUGUUUAAUAGUUUCUUGUUGUUUACGAUGUAGACGUGUUCGUAAUAGAACUUCGAAUUCUACAACAACGGUACCACCGGUGUCAGCAGAAGUGAUUGAAAUGCAUUCAGCUCAGAACCCUGCAACAACUACUCUCCCACCACCACCACAGUCACCAAUGCCAUGGCCCAAAUCAUUACCACCAACGUACGAUGAAUUUAUGGCAGAUGAAGCACCAAAGGAAGACAAUACUGGUAACGAUCACAUGGCACUUGAUAGAUAUUGA